UGGCAGGCUGGCGGUCGAGUCAGCUGACGCCGGCGCGCCAGCCUCGCCUCCCCGCGCAGCGCUCUCUGCGCUCCCCCAAAGUGGCUCCAAGCCGGCCACCCACUUUCAGGGUGUGGGAAACAGAGAAAGUGAUGUGCGCCUUCUAAAGCCACGCCGAGCCGCUCGCGGAGAAGCCUCACCUCUUCAGCUUUCCACCCCCGCUCCUUCGCCUCUUGACUCUGCCCCUCACCCCUCCCCAGAGCCACUUUGGAAAUCGGGUGCGCGCUUGGGCGAGGGAAGGUCACCGGCGGCACGGGAUGGCCUCUAAUUUUAAUGACAUAGUGAAACAAGGGUACGUGAGGAUCCGGAGCAGACGCCUAGGGAUUUAUCAACGAUGUUGGUUAGUCUUCAAGAAAGCUUCAAGUAAAGGUCCAAAAAGACUGGAAAAAUUUUCUGAUGAACGUGCUGCAUAUUUUAGAUGUUAUCAUAAGGUCACGGAACUCAACAAUGUGAAGAAUGUAGCAAGACUGCCAAAGAGCACCAAGAAACACGCCAUAGGGAUUUAUUUCAAUGAUGACACCUCUAAGACCUUCGCAUGUGAAUCAGAUCUUGAGGCUGAUGAAUGGUGCAAAGUACUCCAGAUGGAGUGUGUUGGGACACGGAUCAGUGACAUCAGCCUCGGAGAACCCGACUUACUGGCUACUGGUGUUGAGAGAGAACAGAAUGAGAGAUUCAAUGUGUAUUUGAUGCCAUCUCCUAACUUAGAUGUACAUGGCGAAUGUGCCUUGCAGAUUACAUAUGAGCAUAUCUGUCUUUGGGACGUCCAGAAUCCCAGAGUCAAACUCAUCUCUUGGCCGCUAAGUGCCCUGCGGCGGUACGGACAUGAUGCCACAUGGUUCACGUUUGAGGCAGGGAGGAGGUGUGAGACUGGUGAAGGGCUGUUUAUCUUUCAGACGCGAGAUGGGGAGGCCAUCUAUCAGAAAGUCCACUCUGCUGCCUUGGCAAUAGCCGAGCAGCAUGAGCACUUGCUACAGAGCGUGAAAAAUUCAAUGGUGAAGGUGAGUGAGCGGGCUGCCUCACUUAGCAACAUGGUGCCCCUGCCUCGCAGUGCCUACUGGCAGCACAUCACGCGGCAGCACAGCACCGGCCAGCUCUACCGCCUGCAAGAUGUCACCAGCCCUCUGAAGCUUCAUCGAACAGAGACUUUUCCCGCCUACCGAUCCGAAGCACUGACAGUAACUGCCAAGAACUGUUAACACACUUGUGGUGUGAUCCACCCGUCCAAGGAGGUCACAGAACGACAGCGAGGGAAGUGGCGACAAAAGGAAGCUUCGAGUCCUGGCUAAUUGGUCUUUGGGAAACUCUGCAAUACAAUAUUUUUCUUUCUUUUUUUCCUUUCUUUUCAUUUUUUAAAAUCUUAGUGUAAUUGAAACCUGUUCUGUAGAUAAUGACUUUUUGUUCCCUCUUUUACAGCUGAACAGAAAGGAAUCAAUGCCACAAAAUGAUUUUCUAUCAUAGAUCCCACAUCCCUCGCACUUCUCUGAAUCUGUCCUUUUGUGUGGCUUCUCGUGAUUUUCCUUCGGAGUGUUUCAGUUGUAUGACAGUCAGUACUGACAAUAAAGUGGUUCUUAAUUAUUUAUUUGUUUAUACCAUAUUCCUCAGUAACUAGUACUGUGGUUCUAGUGAACUAAUGGAAAUCAUAUUUUUAUUAUGUUACCAAUUCGUUAAGUCAGUGCUUUGAUUGCCCUCUUACAGUAAGUUCAGAAAUAACUUUUCAAAGGACCUUUUAGUUUUGUCCAUAGGGUUACAGUUUCUUUCACACACAUUCCCCCUGCCCCCCCCCCCUUUUUUUCUUUUAAGCUUUUAUUCUGUUGGGAGUACCUUCAUGAAAUAUUUUGAAAUAAAAUAUCUUUCUUCA